AUUCAAAAUUGUAGAAAUCAGAAUUUCCCAGUAAUAUAAAUUAAAUAUCAUAUCCUUGCAGAAAUAAUUAAUUUUUAAUGUUUAUGUGAUACUAUCUGCUUGUAAUAAAUUAAACUUGUAAUAAGAAAUGGCUUGUAUGGCAACAGGUAACAAUUUUAUUGCUGUAACAAGAGACAUGUGUUUAAGUUACUAUGACUUUUCAGUCAACAAACGUUUGGAAGUAACGAGUCAGAUUAAAUCAAUGGAAACUGAUUAUAUUUCUGAUAUAGCAAUUUCUGCAGAUUUAAAGUAUUUAGCUAUAACAACUUCGGCAUCUAAACAGUUAGUAAUGUACUCUUUACCACAAUUGGAAAUAUUAAAAAAAAUAGUACUACCAAGAAGCUCAAGCAAGAUAAGGUUCACAGUUGGAAAUCAGCAAAUUUUGGUAGCAGAUAAAAGUGGCGAUGUAUUAAUAUAUAAUACAACUAAUGAGGAUAAUGGUACCAAGCUUUUAGGUCAUCUGAGUUUAUUAUUGGAUGUUUUACAAACCCAGGAUGGUAGAUACAUCAUAACAUGUGACAGAGAUGAAAAAAUAAGGGUAUCAAACUAUCCUAAUACUUAUAACAUUCAAACAUUCUGCUUAGGACAUAACGAAUUUGUCAAUCACAUUGAACUUUUACCACAUGAUGAUCGCUACUUAACUAGUACAUCGGGAGAUGGAACUAUUAAAUGUUGGGACUAUAUAAAUGGUAGACUCUGUUAUAGUAUUGACUCUUAUCUUGAUAUUAAUGAAUUACAACUUAAGGAACAGUUCUGUAAAUUAAUGGAUGAUGAGGGCAUAGAAGUAAAUGCAUUACCAAUAGUUCACUACACACUCUGUAAACUCACUGACUCUAGCAGUUUGCUGGCAAUUGCUGUGUAUACUUACAAUGCUCUACUCAUGUAUAGUUUACACUCUGUAGAUGGAAAGUUUAGUCAUAAUCUACAACAGAAGCUAAAACUAGAAUGUUUCCCUAGUGCUAUCAAAUUUGACAAUUCAGGUUUGAUUGUGUAUUAUGACAAUUCAUCUAAUAUUGCCAUAUAUAAUGUUACAUACAGUGAUGCUAAAGCAACAUUAGAAUUUAGUAAAACUGUUAAUGUAUAUGAAAAUAAUAACAUUGCAACUGAAGGCAAGGAAAACUUUGAUUUCAUCAAAGUAUUAUACAAAAGAAAGUUCGAUAAUGUACAGGAAUAUCAGGAACGAAAAAGACAAAGAUUGGAAAAAUCUUCAUAA